AUGUGGACCGUGAUCGGGCUGUGCCUUCUACUGGCGCUGGCCGGGGCAGAGGUGCAGAUCUACGGAGAGGCGAGUCACAUGAGCCGGCACAGUGCGAGGCGGCCGCAGCGCACCAAGAGUUCUAGCAAAACCAGCGUCCACAGAAGUCUGGACCUGGAGGCCUUGACGCUGCAGGCAUCGCCCUCCACCAGCCGCAGCAGCCUCCCCGCCGUGGUGCGUCUGUUCCCGCCCACCUCCAAACCUGCGCCGCUGCCGCUCAACAUGCCGCUGCGCUUCGGCCGCACUAACACCGUCCAGGACCUCGACAACAGCGGCCCCGUGAACCCUAACCUGCCCAUGCGCUUCGGCCGAGACAACGCCAACCUGCCAAUGCGCUUCGGCCGAGACAACGCCCACCUGCCAAUGCGCUUCGGCCGGGACAACUCCAACCUGCCCAUGCGCUUUGGCCGAGACAACUCCAACCUGCCCAUGCGCUUUGGCCGAGACAACUCCAACCUGCCCAUGCGCUUUGGCCGAGACAACUCCAACCUGCCCAUGCGCUUUGGCCGAGACAACUCCAACCUGCCCAUGCGCUUUGGCCGAGACAACUCCAACCUGCCCAUGCGCUUUGGCCGAGACAACUCCAACCUGGCGUUACGGUUCGGCCGCGAGCAGAGAACAAUAAGACAAAUGUGGAGAGACGGCUUCUACUGGAGCCUCAUCAGGACAAUCCUCAGCUACUGA